AUUUCAUAAAAUCGUCAAAGGAACUAUUAUGCGACACGUAAUAAUCACUAGUUAACAAACAUGACUACGCACGAUUCAGCGGCUCGGCUGUCCAGUAUAGUCGCCUUCAUCGUCUUCAUAAAUGUGGGCUACAGCUUCGGUAUGCACCCGGCAGGUGGUAGCAAAACUGCAAACACAAACCAGAACACACUGGACGAGAUUUUGCGGACGGGCCCGUACUUUGACAAGUCAGCGUCGAAAAACGUGACGGCUCUGCUGGGAAAGACGACUUACCUCAAUUGCCGGGUGAAAAAUCUUGGUAACAAAACGGUGUCGUGGGUGAGAUGGAGAGACGUGCACCUGCUGACAAUUGGCCAGUACACGUACACGAAUGACCAGCGUUUCCGAGCAGUCCAUCAGAUGCAGACGGACGACUGGAUGCUCCAGAUAAAGUAUCCCCAGCACCGGGACACCGGCGUCUACGAAUGCCAAGUGUCCACGACCCCGCACAUGAGCCACUUUGUGCAUCUCAACGUUGUCG